AUGGCGUUUGCUCUCGCCUGUCUGGCUGUCGCCGCUCAGGCUGGCCAUUUCGCGGCCCCUGCCCUCCUUGCGGCUCCGGUCGCGAAAUACGCCGCUCCCGUCGUCGCGCACUCGUACGCCACCCACACCGUUCACGCAGCUCCGGUCGCCAAAUUCGCCGCCCCGGUCUUAGCCGCUCCCAUCGCGAAGAUUGCUCACGCGCCCGUCCUGGCUGCUCACGCACCAGUCUUGGCCGCCCCUAUCGCGAAGUACGCCGCUCCCGCUCUCACCUACGCUCAUCAUGCUCCUCUUGCUUACGCUCAUCACGCUCCCCUGGCGUAUGCCCACCACGCUUACGGUAAUGCCUACGCGGCCCCCGCUCUCGCCUACGGUGGAUUCCACUACGGUGCCCCCGCCUUCGCUAAGACCUUCCUGUAA